GGGGGGAUGUGGCGGAAAAACACCUUCACUGUGCGGGAAGAAGACAGUCUGUGGUCUGAUUUCACGAUCGUUGACAUCAUUAUCGUUAUCUUCUUCAGCAUCUUCAUCAGCACCUUCAUCACCAUCAUCAUAAUCACCAUCAUCAGCAGCCUCGCGCUGUGGAAGCUCUGGAGAUCUAGAGAAACACCUGGGUUCGGGUUGUAGCCUCCUCUCUCCCCCCCCUUCCCAACCUACCCGCCCCCAUCUGGCGCGGACUUGGAGAAUUUGCGGAGCUUCGAGCGCUGUCGCGAGCUCGCCGCGCGGACUCCUGCACCUCCUGAUGCUGCUGCUGCUGGCAUGUUGACGUGGUGAGAUGCUGAGAUGCUCCGCUGUCUGACCUCACUUUGUCCGCCUCCACGCCGGCCGUGUUCGUGAGGCGCGCGCGCGCGCGCGCGCGCACGGGAGGGGGACCGGGGACAUCCUAGUCUCCGCUGCACUCAUCAUGCGCGGCGCGCGUCGGAGCGCGCAGGACAGCCGCGCGUGAGCUCGCGCUCGUCUGCGGUGACUAACAUGGACGAGUCGUCGCUGCUCGACCUGCUCGAGUGCUCCGUGUGCCUGGAGCGCCUGGACGCCACGGCCAAGGUGCUGCCCUGCCAGCACACCUUCUGCCGCCGCUGCCUCGAGAACAUCCUGUGCUCGCGCAACGAGCUGCGCUGCCCCGAGUGCCGCAUCCUCGUGGACUGCGGGGUGGACGAGCUGCCCGCCAACAUCCUGCUCGUCCGCUUGCUGGACGGGAUCAAGCAGAGACCCCGGAACGGAGGGCGAGCGUCUCUCAGCGGGGUGUCCCUCGGAGUCGGAUGCGCGGCCGGCGUCGCGGCUCCGGCUGCGGGCACAGCGGUGCGGGACCUGCCCGCUGGAACCCGCGGCUCUCCCGUCAAGAAUGUUCCUCAGCUGCCCUGUGGGAAGGCCCUAUACAGCUACGAGGGCAAGGAACCCGGCGACCUCAAGUUCAACAAGGGCGACAUCAUCAUCCUGCGCCGGAAGGUGGACGAGAACUGGUACCACGGGGAGCUGAACGGUAGCCAUGGUUUCCUCCCAGCGAGCUACAUCCAGUGCAUCAAGCCGCUGGCACAGCCCCCUCCGCAGGGCAAGGCCCUCUACGACUUUGAGGUGAAGGACAAGGAUCAGGACAAGGAUUGCUUGACCUUCACUAAGGAUGAAAUCCUUACUGUGAUCCGAAGAGUGGACGACAACUGGGCUGAGGGCAUGUUGGGGGAUAAAAUUGGCAUUUUCCCUCUCUUAUAUGUGGAGCUCAAUGAAACAGCCAAGCAGCUGAUGGAGAUCGACAAGCCAACCCCAGUGCCCAGCACCAGCGCCCAGCCAGGCUCUUCGGGUGGGCUCUGUCCAGCCUCCGGGGCGGCGGCCGACGGAGGCAGCCCCGUCAGCACCGUCCACCGGCGCGUCGACGGCAAGAAGAACGCCAAGAAGCGCCACUCCUUCACGGCUCUGAGCAUCACGCAGCGCACGGCCCAGGCCCUCAGCAACCGCCACUCCAUGGAGAUCAGCGCACCCGUGCUCAUCAGUUCCUCGGACCCACGCGCCGCUGCCCGCAUCGGGGGCGACUGCCCCCACCUGUCCUCCAGCGCCCCCUCGCAGGACACCUCCUACUUUGUUGGAACCUCUACCUCAGCCGCGGCGGUCCCAUCCAGAGGGACCUCGGCAUCCGGAGAGCUGCUGGUGGCCGCCAAAGUCCAGCUGCCAUUGAACAUAUACCUGGCCAUGUACGCCUACAAGCCGCAGAAAGCGGACGAGCUGGAGCUGCGGAAAGGCGAGAUGUACCGGGUGACGGAGAAAUGCCAGGACGGCUGGUUCAAGGGCACCUCCCUGCGCAAUGGUGCUUCUGGAGUCUUCCCUGGGAACUAUGUUACCCCUGUGUCCAGGGCUCCCUUUGUGAUGGGACAGUCCCGCGUCUGUCUCCCCGGCUCGGCCCAGGCUGUGAAGGUGGUUCCGGGCUCCCCGGGCUCUGCCGGCCCCUCCAGCCCGGCGCUCUUGGGGUCCGUGUCGCGAUCCGCCCCUCCCUUAGCCAGCCCGGCCGCCUCUUCGUCCUCCUCGGCUUCGUCAUCGACCUCCCCCCAGCUCCACAUGAAGAACUGCCUGCGCAUGUCGGGCCAGCCGGCUGGGGUAUCCCAGGGGCAGCCUCGCACCCCCCUGCAGCUGGUGCACAGCCCCCCGGCGGGCAGCCCCGAACGCCCCACGGCUGCCGUCUCCCCGCUGCGCCCUCACGGCUCCCCUGGCCUCUCGUCGCGCCCGCUCUCCGUGGCGGCUCCCCAGCACCCACGCUCCGCUAUCCCGCUCACCUCGGCCGCCGCUGCCAUCACCCCACCCAACGUCAGCGCCGCUCACCUCAACGGGGAAGUGCUGGGUGGCCCCCUGCACUCAGGGUCCCCAGGGCACCCUCAGGGGGCCAGUGCCCCUGCUGUGAAGCUGGAGGAGAAGAAAGCUGAGAAGAAAGAGAAGAAAGCCGGCGGUCUCCUCAAGCUGCUUUCUGGGGCAGCUGCCAAGAAGAAGUCUCGCUCUCCACCCUCUGUGUCCCCGACCCACGAGCCCCAACCUCAGGCAUCUGCUGAGGCCGCUGCACAAGGAGCAAUGGGAGCGAUGGGACCCAGCCACGGCCGUGCCGGCUCCUGCCCCAUUGAGAGCGAGAUGCAGGGUGCCAUGGGCCUGGAGCCGUUGCAUAGGAAGUCCGGCUCCUUGGACCUGAACUUCUCUGUGUCACCACCAGCCCGCCAGCCUUGCUCCGCUCUGCUUGCCCUGCGGCCCGAGCCCAAGCCUUUAUCCAGAGAAAGGUACCGGGUGGUGGUGCCCUACCCUCCGCAGAGUGAGGCCGAGAUCGAGCUGAAAGAGGGAGACAUUGUCUUCGUGCACAAGAAGCGGGAGGACGGCUGGUACAAGGGCACGCUCCAGCGCACGGGUCGCUCGGGGCUCUUCCCUGGCAGCUUUGUGGAGAGCUUCUGAGUCAGGAGGAGGUUCAUCUGGACAGAAGCGCUAUUCCAGCAUCUCCAGCAAAGGGGCUUUUGACUGAUAUGCCCUCAGGACAAGACUUCACAAUAGGACAUUCUCAAAACAGCUUUUGGGUAUAUUCAGGACAUCACCUGGAGGGAUCUCCUUGUCUAUACUAUAGAAACCAAUUCAUUGGGCCUUGCCAAAGUGCCCGCGUGCCAAGUUUAUGUACGGCCUCGCAAGUAGGCAUUAUGGGUGUUUGUUAAUCCUAUGCCCCAUUGUGAUCCUGCCACUCCAACCGGUGGAACGAUUUCAGAGAGAGUUCACACAAAGAAUCAUUACUAACCACUGCCAUUGUUGACAAUAUAUUGCUAUUGUUUGAGAGGAAAAGAGCGCGGAGGACUCCCACAACGACUACUGUCAGAUCCAUAACGCAGACGUGCGGGCUGUGGAUAGUGGCUCCCCCUCGCUGACACACCCAGAGCCCACUGCUCGGUCAGUGGCCCAGCUCAAGCAGUGCCUUCCACCCGUUACUGUGGACCGAAAGAGUGCCGCUAUCGCAAUGGAGCGAACCUGACCCUCUGUCCUGGGAGACCUCAAGCUCGAUAAAUGUAAAGUAAAGGUUUUCUUCAUAUGUUUAUACUGUGCGUUAUUGUGAAUCAGCUGCAGUGACCUGGAUAGAAUCCCCUGCAUGGGUCACGGUUGUGGCUGUGACCUGGAAAGGUACCGAUGAUAUGAGAUGACAGUUUUGACCUUAAAUAUACCAUUUGUACGGAAGUAUAUUUUAAUCCUCAGCCUUGCGGAACAUUGUAGGUCACAGAUCGGCGGAUCGGUUCAUAGCAGCCAAUUUCUUCAGUUGCACGAUACACAUUGUCCGCGCAAGCGGGUCUGUGACGUCCCGCACGGCCCAUUUUCACUCCUUUACGCGAAUACCAAUGAUAUCAGCAUUCAGGGAGCCUAGACAAGAUAAAGCAAAGCAGUGCUGAUUAAAUUUAGCUUAGCAUAGAAAAGAAUCCUCAGUCUAUGAAUAAAGUGUAGUCGAGAUGACAGAUUUUUUUCCCAGGGUGCACAAUCCAGCGCACACAACUGCUCGCUGCUACAGUCUUUAUUAUGUCUCACUGUAAAGCACAAUUUCCACUUUAUCAUGAAUUAUUAAACAUUUAGGUCAUGUUCCCCCUCUCAUUUGCUCGGCGGAUCACUGGAAUAUCCAGUAUUUUAUCUUGUUGGAAGUUAAUGCAGGCGGUAUUCAAAGUUACUUUAUAUUCCGAAGGAAGAGGUAGAAAAGGACAUGGUUUUAUUCCUAACUUUGCGUUGCUCUUCUCUAACUCGCACCCAGUUAUUUAAUAACGGUCAAAUUAUCAAGUGAUCAUUCCAUACAUUAAAUUCCAUGGCAUCUAAUGGAAGUGAUGAAAUGGGUAAUGAUUUUGGCCACAUGCUAACCCUUAUCAGUUCUUCAGCCCCAUUGUCUUUAUGAACCACAUCGUUAAAAAGCUGUGGUCCUGGUGAGGUGAAGGUCUCCGUGAAGUUCGAGGCUCGUCAUUAAGAGCCGAAAAGGCCUGCAGCGGAAUGACCUGCCAGAUCUUACUCUGCGGAGGCAUCUGGUCAUGAGAAGCAGGUAAUUACUUUCCCAGGCAAACUGCCACCCUGUGUAAGCGGCCAGGAGAGCCUUUUGAUGCUUCGGUCCUACGGCGGAGCCAGCAGCGGGUGCGAUGCAGGGCUCCCGCACGUGCUCACAGGUCCGAACACAGGGAGGCGUCCUCACUCAGGUGGUGAUGGUUUCGGUACCCACUAUUUAACCAUUGCACUUCACCUUAGCAGAGAUUACCUCAGAUACCCUCCAUCGCUGGAUCUAUGGGAUGAAAGCUACUCUGCUCUCCUGCAGAGUGUCUUUGGCUGAGUGAAUAAUGGACUUGUGAGCCCACAUUCCCCUCUGGUCACUGUGGUCAAUGUCCUUCACUGUAGGGAAGCUGUCAGCAGACCAGUGAUUGACUGAGGCUCCAUGGAGGCAUCAUCCAAGGGUAUCUGCCUGCUCUUCAUAACUGCUAAUUGUUCGUAGCUGAUUUCAUCGGUAGACAAUGAUGCGGAGCCCGUAGGUGUACGUACAGGGGAUGUCACUUAGUAGAGAAAGAAGGGAUAGAUUUUUGGAUUUGCUUUUGGGCUCUGCAUGCCAAGCCACAGUUCUCAGGUUUCUGGAAUCAUUGACCUCUUGUUACUGUAAGACGGUGAUUUAAACCCAAACUCAUUCACGCCAUAUUGAUUACGCACCGAGGAACGGGAACAAUAUCUUCAGUUGACCGAAGCUACCUUUUUAGCCAUAUCCAUUGCUGAGCUGUUUUCUGUCUGCAUGUAGACGAGAGUCAAGGGCCCAGGACUGGGGCUCCCCCUGAAGGAAGCAAAGCACAAGCUCAUGUGGCUCAUGUUGACCCAGACAGGGGGACAGAUUUCUGCAGCUAUUGUUGAUCUUGGUAUUCUCCUUCCCCAGUUUUCCAUGGGUCUGUGUCCUAUUCAGGGUGUUUCAGACUCGUGAACAGAGUUUUAUGUGUGUAUGUGAUCCUGAAAAGAAUUUCAACAAAAAAUUUAGUCCAGCAUGAAAAGUCAUGCUCCAUUGAUUGAAAAAGAAAAGGACUUUUUACAUUAUUGCAAGAAAACGAAAAUAUAUAUUGUGGUAACAUUUUUGCAGGAUGCCCAAGCUCAGAAGUUUGGGGACACACUGUCAGUGCUGGUGAUCUGUCAUUUGGCCUUGUGUUCAUUCACAAACUGUCUUGUAUAAUAACCUGUGGAGUGUUGUUUUUAAGUCAAGUGCAUUUCAGCAAUAAAUGCCUUUG